GCCUCGCGAGUUGUGACUCGUGCUGUCCUCUUAGCCAGUGUAUCGGCGAACAAAGCUGUGAAAAAUUGCUCAGCCGAACAUGGCAGCGGUAGUAUCGGGGUCUAAUUUGUGUGACGGUCGCCCAAGGUUUUAGUGCCGAUGACACGACAAUAUGAACGAUAAACCGGUCCCGUUUCGGAAAAGGAAUUCGGGCCCGACAGCGCGACACGGAAGGACGAGGACACUGGCGUUGCCGCGAAUGAACUUCCUGCGGGCCAUGACAAUUUAAUGAAAAACGAGGGAUAAUGGACGGCACACGAGCGGCAGAGGUAUUGCCAUUGUUGCAAGAACGUUUGGCAAUACUACCGGGUGGACGAGACCGUAGGGGAGGUCCUGUGCUCCUGUUUCCCAGCACACCGAGACGUGAACGCGCAAAACCCGAGGAUUAUAGACGUCUCUUGCAGUAUCUGUUUGCUAUUCCGAACGAUGAAGCCAGAGGCCUACGCUUUACUGUGAUUGUGGAUAUGCGUGGUACUACGUGGGACUCUGUCAAACCUAUCUUGAAGGUAUUGCAUGAACAUUUUCACCGUACAGUUCAUGUUGCCUUUCUGAUCAAACCGGAAAACUUUUGGCAGAAACAGAGAACCUCGUUGGCUAAGCAGAAGAAAUAUAAUUUUGAGAUCAACACAAUCAGUUUAGAAGCUCUUGUAAAGGUUAUAGACCCUUCCCAACUCACUGCAGACUUGGACGGGUCCUUACAGUAUGAUCAUGCUCAAUGGAUUGACACAAGAUUAGUUGUAGAAGAUUUUACGUGGCAAGCAGCCGAUCUUCUCGACCGACUAGAUGAUCUGCAGGAGGAUCUUAGUCGGAAUGACUUUGCUGACGAUGUUGCGGGAGCUAAACAUGGCAUUGAUCUGCAUAACGAAAUGAAGAAGAAGAUCAUGAAGGUCCCAGUGGAGGACAUUGAAGUUGUUGGUCAACGUCUGCUUCAGCGAUUCAAUAGUAAUGUAACAUCGACCGGCGGAGAGGGAGGAAGUAUUGACAACGGCGCGGCAAGUUGCACGGAUCCCGACGGCCGAGCCUUGGCGACACUCGUUAUUCAGCACUUGGACUCGGUGCACGCCGCGCAGCAGCAUCUCUUGCAGCUGUGGCACAUCAAGAAGAUGAAGUUGGACCAAUGUUUUCAGCUGCGGCUAUUCGAGCAGGAUUGCGAGAAGAUGUUCGAUUGGAUCUGCCAUAAUCGUGAAGUGUUUCUCGCAAGUUACGUGGAAAUCGGUCGCUCGUAUCAGCUGGCCAAGAACCUGCAGGAGGAGCAUAAACACUUCACGAUGAGUUCGAUGAAUGUUUACGUGAAUAUAAAUAAAAUCCUCACGAUGGCUGGCAGAUUGUUGGAGACGCAACACUACGCAGCCGGGCAUGUACGGGCGGUGGCAGGUCGUCUGGAUCGAGCCUGGAAGGAAUUCGCCGCGGGUCUGGACGAGCGCACCGCGGUACUCAGUUUAAGUGUAGUGUUUCAUCAUAAAGCAGAACAGUACGUCGACAAUGUGGCCGGCUGGAGUCAGGCGUGCGACACUAGCAAUCUACCCAGCGAAAUUCCAGUGCUCGAGUCUCACAUCCGCCAGCAUCAGACACUCUACGAAGCGAUGUGUCAAGCGUAUACGGAGGUUUACAAUGCAUAUCAGGCAUUAUUGAGUGGCCUGGGUUCAAUGCUGCAAGUAUGUCAUAAUGUGAGCGCCCAUGCCUCAGGCUCGGAUACAUUUCGUGUCGAUUAUGUGCAUAGUACCAGUAAGAAGCUUCUUUAUCAACUGGAUCAUCUUGUGCAAGUCUGUAAUCAACCGCAAGGAAUUGACCAUGUCGCCAGAAAACAUAGUCAAGAUGGACACAACAUUGACAGCCAUAGCGGCACGAGCGGCAACCCGGCGGCUGAUUACAGCGAAGGCGCAUCUCACGUCUUAGCUGUUAUCCAUCAGAUUCUUGGCCACCACAGGGCGCUAGAAGCUCGCUGGCACGCCCGGAAAGUCAAACUGCAUCAACGGCUCGCGCUGAGGCUGUUCCAAGAGGACGUGAAGCAAGUUCUCGACUGGCUGACGAACCACGGCGAGGUCUUCAUCAGGAAGAACACAGGCGUAGGUCGUAAUCUGCAGAAGGCGCGGGUCUACCAGAAGAGUCACGAGCAUUUCGAGAAUGUCGCUCAGAACACCUACACGAACGCAACGAAGCUGCUGACCGCUGCUGAGGAGCUCGCUCACACAGGAGAAUGCGCGCCCGACGAGAUCUACGCGGUGGCGCAAGAGUUGGAAGCUCACGUUAGCAGCUUCGCGGCGAGGGUCGAGCAGCGACGUCGCAGAUUGGACCUGGCAGUGGUGUUUUACACUCACGAGAAGGAGCUCACCGGAUGGGUGGACGAGUUGCGGCAGGAGCUGCAGCAGGACGAGGUCGCGGAGAAUCUGGAGACCGCGGAGAGGCUGUUGGAACAAUGCGCGCAGCACAGGUCGUCUUGUCUGGACGCGUGCGCUUCGACGAUAGCCCAGGGGGAGGCUUUGCUGCAGGAGCUUCGCGAGGCGACCGACGCCCCCGACACUACCGGCUCUAUAUCGGCGAUAGAAACGGCCCUGGACCGAUUAGCGGGACUGAGGCAGGAACUGGAGGAUCUAUGGGCCACCAGGAAGCUGAGACUCGAGCUAUGCCUGCGACUACGCGUCUUCGAGCGAGACGCGUUGGAAGCGAGCGGUCAGCUGGAGAUGUGGGCGCAGGAGCUGCAAGGCCCGCCUCGAGAAGGCUCGCCCGAGCAGCUGCUGCGCGUGCACAACGACGGGGUUGCUCACAUGCAGAAUACGGCGUUUCAAGUUCUACACCGCGGCCAGGAAUUGGCGCAGGUGUUGGAGGAGGCGGGCGUGUGUAUCAUGGCGGACGGGCAGCAUAGCGCCACGGCGCGGGUGCAGGUGUUGCUCGAGUUCUUGAACGAGAGGGAGUUGGACGCGGAGGAUCUCGCGGAGAUGCGGAGGGUACGGUUGGAGCAGGCGUCCCAGCUGGUGCAAUUGCAGACGGACGCUUCCCACGUGGCCAAGUGGAUACGGAACGGCGAGUCGAUGUUGUUGGCCUCGUUGCGGGUGCCGGAGAAUCUGCAAGACGCCGAGCAGUUGCGGUUGGAGCACGAUCAGUUCCAAGUGGCGAUAGAGAAGACUCACACUUCCGCCGUGCAGGUGAAGCACAGAGCGGACGCUCUGGUGAGUGCAAAUCACUACGAUCCGAAGAGCAUCAGGGACGUGGCGGAGGACGUCACUAAACGGUGGCAGCAGUUAGUGACCUGUGCGGAGGAGCGGCAUAAGUUGGUUACCGCCAGUAUAAACUUUUACAAAACGGCGGAGCAGGUGCGCUCGGUGCUCGACAGUUUGGAGCGCGAGUACAAGAGGGACGAGGAUUGGUGCGCGGGCGGUGAGAAAGGCGCCCAAGUGCCGACGCUACUCGGCAAGCAUCAGGAACAGAAGGAAGCUUUCCUGAAGGCGUGCACGCUGGUGCGGCGCACAGCGGAGACGUUCUUAAAGUACACUAAUCGUAGCCUGCAGUUUUAUAGCUAUCAGGCCAACAGCGUCGGUUCCGAGAAUAAAGUUAAAAAUAUUUUAGAAGAGUUGCUCAGCAAGGAGAACAAAGUACUCGAGUAUUGGACACAGCGUAAGAAGCGCUUGGAUCAUUGUCAACAGUACGUUCUGUUCGAACGUAGUGCGAAGCAGGCUCUCGAGUGGAUAAGGGAGACCGGGGAGCUGUACCUCGCGACGCACACCAACGUCGGCAAGAACCGCAUCGAAAACGAGCAGUUGCUGCAAGAGCAUAACGAGUUCAAGGGCGCCGCGAGGGAGACGAGGGAGAAGGUGAAGUUGAUCAUCCAGCUAGCUGACAACCUGGUCGACAAGGGUCAUGCUCAUUCCGCGGCGAUCAAGCAAUUCGUCGCCGAGGUGGAUCAGCGAUACAAAGACUUUAGUGCACGAAUGGACUGCUACAAGACGCAGAUCGAAGGUGACCUGGGUAUCCAGUCCGACGAGGGCCACAAAGACCUCUCUAUCGACCGGAAUUCCGACCCGUUGUUGGAGGAGAAAAUCAAGGGUAAAGAUCUGAAGGAGCUGAACGAGGAGAAGAGGAGAUCAGCGCGCAGGAAGGAGUUCAUCAUGGCUGAACUCUUGCAAACCGAGCGCACUUACGUGAAGGAUCUGGAGACGUGUAUUCGUUGCUUCCUAGACGAGACGCGAUGCGGCAAGGGAAACGUUCCGCCCGGUCUGCAGAGUCGGGAAUCGAUCAUCUUUAGCAACAUAGAAGAGAUACAUCAGUUUCACAGCAAUGUGUUUUUACGCGAGUUGGAGAAGUACGAGACCAUGCCGGAAGAUGUGGGACAUUGUUUCGUGACAUGGGCACCUAAAUUCGACAUGUACGUAAUUUAUUGUAAAAACAAGCCCGAGAGCAAUCAACUGUUGGUGACGCACGGUGGAACGUGGUUUGAAGAAUUGCAGAGAAAGCAUAGAGUAGAACAUCCUAUCGCUGCAUAUCUGAUCAAACCUGUACAAAGAAUUACGAAAUAUCAGCUGCUACUUAAGGACUUACAGGCUUGUUGCCAAGAGGGGCAGGGCGAGAUAAAGGACGGGUUAGAGGUGAUGUUAAAUGUGCCUAAAAAAGCUAACGAUGCCUUACACUUAAGUCUACUGGAAGGUUGCGACGUUAGGAUAGAUACACUCGGCGACGUUGUACUGCAAGAUUCCUUUACAGUAUGGGACCCAAAACAACUGAUCAGGAAGGGGAGAGAUCGUCACAUAUUUCUUUUCGAAUUGUACUUUCUCUUCAGCAAGGAAGUGAAGGAUUCUGCCGGAAAGGUGAAAUAUAUUUAUAAAAAUCGUCUGAUGACUUCCGAGUUGGGUGUGACGGAGCACAUUGAAGGCGACGAAUGCAAAUUCGCCGUGUGGACAGGACGAGCGCCGACCAACGACACUCGCGUGGUACUGCGUGCAAACUCGAUGGACGCGAAGCAGUUAUGGGUGAAGAGGUUGCGCGAGGUGAUACAGGAGACGUACUUCAGCCUGAGUAUGCCGAAGAGCCCAGCCAAGAAGAGCUCGAGUCAACGAUCGAGCAGAGACUUGGAGGAAUGCGCGUCUUUGGACGACAGUGUAGAGAAUCUCGAUAGGAAUUCAUUGGCUUCCUUCGGCUCGACCAACACCACAGAUUCUGACAAGACCGGAGUGGUCGAAAUGACGUGGGUCGUCGCUGACCAUUUGGCGGCGCCUGGCUCGAAGGAGCUUAGCGUGACGAAGGGCCAGCAGGUCGAGGUGCUGGAGAACGGCAGUACCAACACAGUUAGCGGCGUCUGCACCGGCGAAUGGACUCUGGUGCGUUUGCCGCUCACGCCUGGACAGGCCGAGCCGCCCGCUGAGGGUCUGGUCCCCACAAGCGCGCUGAAGCAACCACCGACCGCCUCUUGCAAAACUUCACCGUCCAGAAAAGCGUCCACGCAGCAGCAGCAGCAACAGCAACAGCAACAGCAACAAUCGCAUCAUCAUCAGUCGCAUCAUCACCCGUAUCAUCAUCAGCAGAUCAAUCAGGCGAUCGUCCAAGCACAGCAGCAAACUGCCGUUCAAACAUCCUCGGGCGCCGUCAACGCGUUACAAGCAACGAGCACCGCGGUCUCCACCGCGGCGCCGGUCACGCAGACGACUUCGUUAACCGCGCUGUCGUCCGCGGUGCUGUCGCCGACGUUGUCGGAGGACGCAGAAGCAGCCGGAAGUGAUGGCAGCGGAUCGGCCAGUACAAAUUCACCCGGCAACAAGAGGCGAGGUUUCAGCGGACGGAAGUGGCUCCCACCGCCUUUACGUAAACUUAGCCAAGGUAAAGUUGAGAAAACCAAUACAACUAUGCCGGCGUCGUCGUCUCCUUUGACCGGGUCGUCUCUGAAGAAGAGCAGCUCGGACAAGCGCUUUAAAUUACCGAGCGGCGUCGAGCACAACCGGCCGGGCAAGGUGGCCUACGAGGCCGAGGCUCAAGAGGGCGAAGAGGCCGACAAGGAGGAGGAGGGCGAAGAGCAGCAGGAGAUUGAGGUGGAGGUGGACGUGGACAUAACGGAGAGCGAGGACACGGCAACGGUGAGCUUGCAGGAGCAGAAUGGCGGCGAGGACGCCGACGACGACCUGGAACUACCGCCACCGAUGAAGCCCAUCACCGAGCCGAUUCUCGUGACCACCGCCAACGGCCCGUCGGGCUCCACGAUACCGAACGAGUUGUCCGGCAAGCGAACCGCCGAGCGCUCCACGAAGAUCCUCGAUGGCGCCAGCACGGCCGACCUCUCGGAGAUCGAGCAGAUCGUCAAGGAGAGGAUGGAGCAACACACGGAGAACCAGGAGAGGCACAGUCUCAUGCGAACGCCCAACGGGAAGUCGUUGAGCAGCGAGGAGGACUACUGCAACACGACUAACCCGGCCGUUCUCGAGGAGUCCGACCCGGAGAGCAGCGCGAUCGCCAAGCGGCAGUUCGUUAUCCGCGAGCUGGUUGACACCGAGAAGGACUACGUCAACGACUUGAAGCAGAUAGUCGAGGGUUACAUGGCGCUGGUGCGGAAUCCCGACUGCGAGAUCCCCUUGCCGGAAAACCUGCGCGGUGGGAAAGACAAGAUGGUUUUCGGCAACAUAGAAGCCAUCUACGAGUGGCACAGAGACUUUUUCCUCAAAGCGUUGGAACGUUGCUUGGAACGUCCCGAGGAGCUUGGACCUCUCUUCAAGCGUUACGAGCGAAAGCUGCACAUGUACGUGGUUUAUUGUCAAAAUAAGCCCGUCUCGGAAUACAUCGUGUCCGAGUACAUAGAUACUUACUUCGAGGAGCUGCGGCAAAAACUCGGCCACCGUCUCCAACUCUGCGACUUGCUGAUCAAGCCUGUACAAAGGAUUACAAAAUAUCAACUUCUUCUACGGGAGGCAUUGCGCCUCACUGAACGAACUCAAAGGUUAUCGGAAAUCGAAGGCCUCAGAGCGGCGGCUCAUGUCAUGCGAGUUAUUCCUAAAGCUGCAAACGAUAUGAUGGACGUUGGCAGAUUACAAGGUUUUGACGGCAAAAUAACGGCACAAGGCAAACUGUUGCUGCAUGGUCCGCUUAUGGUGUCGGAGCUGUCGAAUGUCUCCACCAGAGGGAGGGAGUGGCAAGUGUUUCUUUUCGAGCAAAACAUUAUCUUCAGUGAAGCUGUCGGCAAGAAGACUCUGUUCACCAAUCCUGCCUACAUAUAUAAAGCACACAUACAGGUAAACAAGAUGAGUCUUGAAGAAUCGAACGAUGACCAGGAGAAAUUUGUCAUCCGAUCGACGGAUCCUCGAAAGCCGGGGCUAGGAUUCUCUUGUAGCGCAGCUGAAGAAAGUGGACCGCGCAGGCAGGAGUGGGUAGACACGAUCACUGCCAUCCUGCAGACACAGCGCGACUUCCUAAAGGCGAUACAGUCACCGAUUGCCUACCAGAAGGAACUUACCAAAGAUCCACUCCGUGCCAGUACGUCCGAACCGGCGACUCGGGCGACCGUAUCGGUUCCUCCCACGCUGACAGUCCCGGGAUUGGCGAGCAAAGACAAGAGUCACGAGCACAGGACGUCGAGCCAGCCGCAGCUGCAGCGUUCGCACACCGGGGGAUUGGACUACGCUCAGCCACGUACACCCAGCCCGACCAAGAGUAGGCUGAACUUCUUGGAGGGAUUUAAAAAUACUCUACGCACGCGUUCGCCGGUGCGCAACAAUUCCAUACCGGUCGUUCCAGGUGCCCGCGUAAGAUUAGCCGCGGACUGGGGAAAGUUGCACGCCGGGGACGAGCUGGUGGUCUCCCAUCUGGACGGUCCAGGUCUAGUGGUGUCUCCUGUGAACACCAAGGACGAGCUGUGGAUCCCAGCGAGUCUGAUCCCGAACUCGGCAAACAGUAAAGUGUGGUCGUUUCGUUCGCGAAAGGCCGAUCUGAUGAAGAAUCACGCCACGACCGAGUCCUCGAGAGCGAUGACGACGACAACGACGACAAUGACGACGACGACGACGACGACGGCGACGACGACGACGACGACGAUGACGACGACGAUGUCGACAUCGACGACGGUGUCUGAGGAGAAAACGCCGGUUAUCUUGAGCAGUCCGAUGUCGAUUCGUGCGGUCGCCGGAGAAGUCAUCAGGCUGGCUGUCGAGACGCAGAACGCGCACGGCGCGGUCAUCACCUGGAGGAGAGAAGGCGAAGAUCGGUGCUUAAGGGAGAGCGACCGAUACCAAUUCCAACAGAGCGCAGGCUUCAUGUACUUACAAAUCACCGGUUGCCAGGCUUCGGACUCUGGGACGUAUUAUUGUCACGUCAAGUGCGACACGGGCUUCUGCUCCGCCAAGAUUUCACUUUCCGUCAUAGGCAGGAGCAAUACGAGGGUACGUGUUUUGGGCUCCUCGCGAGUAGAGAUCGACUGGGAAAAACGGGAAAUCGGUAGCGCGUCGUGCAGCAUAGAGUGUAGAAUUUUACCGUCGCAACAAUGGGUGUCAGUGCUAAAGCAGGCCAACGAGCCACCCUCUGUACUGGACAUGCCGCCUGAUGCUUCGUAUAGCUUCCGGGUGGUGGGAGACGGUGGGAGGAUGACCUCGCCGUCGAACGUGGUGACGCUGUCAAGAUUGGACGCCGACAGUGGUGCGGAAUGGGAGGCCAAGCAGUUCAUCGGCAGGUACUUGGAGUUGGACGAACUGGGUAACGGCAGGUUCGGCACGGUCCGUCGCGCCAAGGACCGUGGUACCGGUCAGGAAGUCGCCCUCAAGCAAACCCCGCGGCACAAACAGUCAAGGUCGCUGACGCGCGCAGAGUACGACCUCCUGGCCGCUGCUCAUCACACCAACAUCGUCCGGGCGUUCGCCCUGUUCGAGAAUGCGCCUCGACCCGGCGUGGACACCAUCGUUUUGGAACUGGUUAAAGGUCCGACGCUAUUCGCGUAUUUGAGCGAGAAGAUGGAAUAUACCGAGGCGACAGCGGCGCGAUACACCGGCCAGCUAUUGUCGGCGCUGCAUUGGCUGCAUUGUCGCGACAGAGCGCACUUGGACGUGAAGCCGGAGAACAUUCUCGUCGACCAGGAGACAGACGUCGUGAAGGUGAUUGAUCUGGGAGAAGCGGUGAGGGCUCCUGUCGACGAGGUCGUGCCGCCUGCUGAUCUUGAAUUCGCGGCGCCGGAAUCGGUAUUGGGUAGACCGACCGGUCCUUACACAGACAUGUGGGCCAUCGGGGUUUUUAUUUAUGUUCUGCUAAGUGGGUUAUCACCUUUCCUGGACGAUUCCAUAGAGGAAACUACCGCUAAUAUACUUAAAUGUGACUUCUGUUUCCCCGAUGAAUACUUCGAGACAAUAUCCAGUGACGCGAAGAAUCUCCUCAAGAGAUUAUUGUGUCUGCAUAGUGAGGACCGAAUAAACGCGGAACUUUGUCUCGCCUCAACGUGGUUAAAGGUAUCGACUGGCGCUAUCAUACCGUCCACUAGAAUGGCCGCAUUUAUAGAACGUCGAGCGCACUGUCUUAAACUGCGUCAAGAUCAUAAUGAUAGUUUUUAUUCUUAAGACUCUAUAUAUAUAUGUAUAUAUGUGUGUGUGUGUGUGUGUGUGUG